GUUGUGUGUUGAGUAGAAGACAUUUAAAGCAGCGGACAGAGGAGCGGCUGCAGACACCCUCCCUCCCGGCCGGAGACACCCUCCCUCCCGGCCGGAUGAUCCAAGAACCUGCGCCAACGAAUUCAUCAAACACACAUGAAAACAGCUCAACUGGUUUGAAUUCAUAUUAAACUGGCGUGAUAACUGAGAAGUUUACAGCAUCAUGACAGAAACGGGUCGACAGGUGAUGAAGGUCCUGGAUGAAUGUCAGCAGUAAUCAACUGGACCAGAGUCUUCACAAACACAGAUGAUGUCAGAGGGGAGGAGUAGCUCAGUGUCACCUGAGAGGCUUAAAGUGAAAGUGUUCAGUCUCUGUUUUACGAAGGUGCAGCAGAAGGAAGAUAUCUGAUGUGUGAGGCAGACCUGAAGAUGAGUGUUUGUGUGGAGGGAGAGGAGGACCGAGCAGAACCUGCAGGAUCCAUCUGUCCGUCUAUGAGGAGUGACUGGUCCAAAGAUGAACCUAUAAACUUCAGUUUACCUGGACCAUCAGACACAAAAGAGAAGAAGCAGCCCACCUGCUGUGUUUGGUGUCAGGACGUCCUGAAGGAUCCGGUCUCUACCAGCUGUGGACACUGGUUCUGCAGACGCUGCAUCACCUCAUACUGGGACCAGUCUGCUUCACCAGGAGACUCCUCCUGUCCCCAGUGUGGAGUGAAUGUUGGUCUGCAGGAGGUUUUAGAUGAACAUAAGAUCAGUCUGAGGAGGAGAUGUGAACAUGUGACUGAAGGAAGUGAUGGAACAGGAAGUGAUGGAACAGGAAGUGGAACCCUCCUCAGCAGGAUCUACACUGAGCUCUACAUCACAUCGGGACAGAGUGAAGAGGUUAAUACCCAACAUGAGGUUUGGCAGCUUGAGACAGCUUCCAAGAAGAAGACCUUCAGUGAAACUCCAAUCAGGUGCUGCGACAUCUUUAAAGCCUCACCUGACCAACAGAGAUGCAUCAGAGUGGUUCUGACCAACGGCGUCGCUGGAGUUGGAAAAACCUUCUCGGUGCAGAAGUUCACUCUGGACUGGGCAGAGGGCUCCAAAAACCAAGAUGUCAGUCUGCUGGUUCUGCUGUCGUUCAGGGAGCUGAACCUGAUCAGAGAUGAGCAGUACAGUCUUCUCAGGCUGCUCCAUGUUUUCCAUCCAACAUUACAGAAGGUGACAGCAGAGAAGCUCGCUGUCUGUAAACUUCUCUUCAUCUUUGACGGCCUGGAUGAAAGUAGACUUUCACUGGAUUUCAACAACCAUGAGGUCGUGUCUGAUGUCACACAGGAGUCAUCAGUCAGCGUGCUGCUGACAAAUCUCAUCCAGGGGAAGCUGCUUCCCUCGGCUCUCGUCUGGAUCACUUCCAGACCUGCAGCGGCCAAUCAGAUCCCUCCUUCAUGUGUCGACAGGGUAACGGAAGUACGAGGCUUCACUGACGUCCAGAAGGAGGAGUACUUCAGGAGGAGGUUCAGUGAUGAAGAUCUGUCCAGCAGAAUCAUCUCACACAUCAAGACCUCCAGGAGCCUCCACAUCAUGUGUCUGAUCCCAGUCUUCUGCUGGAUCACUGCUACAGUUCUGGACCACAUGUUGACUACAGACCAGAGAGGAGAGCUGCCCAAGACCCUGACUGACAUGUACUCACACUUCCUGCUGGUUCAGACAAAGAGGAAGAAGCAGAAGUACGAUGAGGGACGUGAGACGAGUCCACAGAAGCUGACGGAGGCUGACAGGGAAGUUCUUCUGAAACUGGGGAGGCUGGCGUUUGAACAUCUGGAGACAGGAAACAUCAUGUUCUACCAAGAAGACCUGGAGCGCUGUGGUCUUAAUCUCACAGAGGCCUCGGAGUACUCAGGAGUUUGUACAGAGAUCUUCAGAAGAGAGAGUGUGAUCUUCCAGAAAACAGUCUACUGCUUUGUUCAUCUGAGCGUUCAGGAGUUUCUGGCUGCAGUCUACAUGUUCCACUGUUACACCAUCAGGAACAUAAAGGCCCUGGAGGACUUCACAGGAAAUAAGUACAAACACAGGAACUCAAAACUGAACUCUUCCUUUGGGCAUUUUUUUGCGUUUCUUCUUCGAAGCACUGAUGACCAUGAGACCUGUUACCCAUCCCUGGAUAGCUUCCUGAGGAGUGCCAUGAAGAAAUCCCUGUGCAGUAAAAAUGGCCACCUUGACCUGUUUGUUCGCUUCCUUCAUGGCCUCACUCUGAAGUCCAACCAGAGACUCUUAGCAGGCCUGCUGGGUCAGACAGACAACAGUCCAGAAAUCAUCCAGAGUGUCAUCAGCAACCUGAAGAAGAUGAACAGUUCUAAGAUCUCUCCUGACAGAAGCAUCAACAUCUUCCAUUGUCUGAUGGAGAUGAACGACCACUCAGUUCAUCAGGAGAUCCAAGAGUUCCUGAAGACAGAGAACAGAUCAAAAAAGGAACUCUCUGUGAUCCACUGCUCAGCUCUGGCCUACAUGCUGCAGAUGUCAGAGAAGGUUCUGGACCAGUUUGACCUGAUGAAGUACAGAACAUCAGAACAGGGACGAAGGAGACUGAUUCCAGCUGUGAGGAACUGUAGAAAGGCUGUACUGACUCAUUGUCGACUCUCAAAGACUCACUGUGAAGUCGUCGCCUCAGCUCUAAAGUCCAACCCCUCACAUCUGAGACAUCUGGACCUGAGUGACAACAACCUGUAUGGUUCAGGAGUGAAGCUGCUGUGUUCUGGACUGGCGAGUCCUAACUGUCGACUGGAGACUCUGGGAUUGAGGGGCCUCUGGUUCUCAGAGAUCAGCUGUGCUCCUCUGGCCUCAGCUCUGAAGUCCAACCCCUCCCAUCUGAGAGAGCUGAACCUGAGUAGGAACAACCUGCAGGAUUCAGGAGUGAAGCUGCUGUGUGAUUUUCUGCAGAGUCCACACUGUAUACUGGAGACUCUGAGCUUCUGGAACUGUAGUUUGUCAGAGAUCAGCUGUGCUCUUCUGGCCUCAGCUCUGGAGUCCAACCCCUCCCAUCUGAGACACCUGAACCUGAACAGGAACAACCUGCAGGAUUCAGGAGUGAAGCUGCUGUGUGAUUCUCUGCAGAGUCCCCACUGUAGUCUGGAGACUCUUAGAUUGAGGAGCUGCAGUUUGUCAAAGAUCAGCUGUGAUUCUCUGGCCUCAGCUCUGAAGUCCAACCCCUCCCAUCUGACAGAGCUGGACCUGAGAGACAACAACCUGCAGGAUUCAGGAGUGAAGCUGCUGUCUGAACUGAAGGACAGUCCACACUGUAAACUGGAGACCCUGAGGUCAGUCGAGGGUUGGAGUCAGUCCACACUGGUUUCAGCAGUAUUGUUCUGAACACAGUCAGUAUCAAGUGAGGCUGUGAGAGGAGAACGGUGACAGGCUUCAUGAUUGGACAGAGAGAGAACAGUCAGCCAAUCAGAUGAGCCAGAAGCUUGUUGUGAUCUGGUGUUGAGUUGAUGUGAAGACGACUGUUGUUGUUGUGUUUGUCUACAGGAAGUAAAUCUGGAUUAUAUAUUCA